AUGCAACUCUACGAGCAAUACGCCGUGACUACAGUGUUCGUCUGCCCUUUGUAUCUCGCUACGAUCAUCCUCGGUUCGCUCGGUACUGGUAUCGUGAUCCGUGCUUACGUGACUGACAAAGCCACAAAUAAAGCCUUCACGUUCCUUCUGACAAACUUGGCCAUCGCCGAUCUCAUAGUCUGCAGUCUGUUUACCCCUCUGCUCUUCUGUUAUCGAGUUCACGAGACAGCUGGAAUCAUAGGCUUCACACCAUUAUGCGAGUUAUUCCUGUUCCUGUCCAUGUUCAGUGUCUCGCUCAUCUUCUUAGUCUUCCCACUGUUGGCAUAUUGUCGUAAAGACGCCAUGCUCCUGCCAGAUCAUCCUAGGUUUUCUCUGGAACAAGCACGCACGGUGACGCGUGUAUUUUGGGUCCUGAGUAUUUUGUCUGGUGCAAUGAUGGUCGUGAUGGCUCGGUGUGACUUGACAAACAAUGAUUCUGUCUUCCCAUAUUUAUAUCGCUGUUUGAUGAUCAACCAGAGUCUGGAUUUGUACGCUCAGGUUAGAAACUUAGCACUCAUUUAGUACCAAAAAGAGAGGUUUUAACCUUUCAAGUUAUUUAUUUGCUUUUCUUUAAGUGCCAUACCCCCGCAAUACCCCCGUUAUGCCUUCACAGAUUCAUCACACGAUUUACUUAAUUUGAUUUCAAAAGAAGAAAGAAAGUUAAUUUAUGAAUAAAGUAAUCUUAGCGUCAUUCGAUGUUUUGUCAUUAAUCUUACGAGGGGACGAGGUUGGGAAUGGUCGCGGGAGACUAUUACGGCAUCUAGGUCAGUUUUCGCACCCCCCUUGGUCAUUGUGCUUUUCUUGUUUAUAGAGAGCUUACGCAACAGGACACUGACAGCAGAUAGAAGAGGACGGCCAAACGUUUAUGAGUAACAAACGGGACAGGGCUAUUAAUUGCGUGUUUUGUCGUGAGCAUCGCUUCACAGUCAUGUUUUCUGGUCUUUGACAAAAGGAUCUGGAAGGUGAAGUGAGGCAGAAAAUUAUGUCAAACAAAAUCACUGAACCUCGUCCCCUGGGGAAAGUCAGGGAAAAGCGACCAGGGAACGAGGCUGACAAAACCAUUGUGACGCUAGUAGUUGUCACACGAGGUUUGACGUCUUCUUUCAUCUGCCGUCCUAGGCCUGUUGAGUUAUGAAGGAAGUAAAAGCUACUGUGCCCGUUUGAUCAAUAAAUUUUUCCUGCAUCACCCUUUCAACACUUGAGGAAAAGUAAAUAACGAUAAAAGAGAGGUAAUAAUCUGAAUGACCCCUCAGUGGGAGGGUUAAAAUUACCCAAGCUGUUUUUUUGCGUAGAAAAUCCGUGACAGCGCUAAAUACCUCCUCAGUCGUACUGACGUUUUUUCCAGAAAUGAAAGUAUUUACUGCAUUGUUAUCCUUGAUUCAGGUUUUUCUUGGCUACUCAAUCCCGCUGUUUGGUCUUUCCAUAAUUGUGACCUUCAUCAUCUACAUUCAAAUAUACUGCUCAAAAAGUUCGCCAAGAGUUACCCUGUCAUUUGAAGAGUGGCAGACCACGAAGCUGUGUUUCUGGUCAGCGGUCAUUUACGUCGUUUGUUGGACACCAUUCGUGCUUGUCCAAAUGUCUGGAGUGUUUGGCACCUACACGGAGCUUCACUUUAACCUGCAUGGAAUGUCCUCUGCAAUUGGGGUGCUUGGCUCAGCGUUGAGUUCCUGGCUGUACAUUAUGGGGAUUCCAUACUACAAGGCAGAGAUGAAAAGGGUGUUGUUCCGACAGAGCUUGGAAAAGAAAGAAUAA